AUGGAAAUUAAAAAUAAAGAAAUAGAAAAAUUUAAAAUAGUAGAAAGGGGAAUUAAAGAAGAAAUAAUAAAUGAAUUAGAAAAAUUAAAAUUAGAAAUAGUAAGAAAUGAAAAAGAAAAGGAAGAAAUAAAAAAAAAGGAAAUUGAGGGAAUAAGGAAGAUAUUAAGAGAAGAUAUUGUACGUGAAAAAAGGGAAGAAGAAGAAAUAGAAAAUAAAAAGAAAGAAGAGAUGGAAAAAGUUGAGGAAAACGAACGAAAGGUAAUGUCAUGUUCAAAUUGUGGAAGAACAGGUCAUACUUUGGAUAAAUGUUUCAAAAGGGAACAAACAGGUAUCAAUGCGUUUAAAAACGGAUUACCAGGAACGAAUAUUAAAAAUGAAUAUAAUAAUGUAAUACCUAAAGAAACGAAAAAUGAAGGAAAUAAUGCUCAAGAAAUUAAGGAAAUUCAUAAUUUGAAAUUAAAUGUUGUUUCGAAAACUGAUGAUAAUUUUAAAAAAUUGGAAAUUAAAAAUGAAAUAAUGAAAGAAGAAAUCAAAUUAGAAUGUAAUGAGAGAAAAUCAAAUUUAGAGCAAAAAAAAUUGCCUGUAUCACUAAAAUUCCCGGCGAAAUUUGUAAGAAAAAAGAUGGAAAACGAAGAUUUGUUAAAAGAAAAAAAGUCACAUGAAAAUGAAAAGUUAUACGGUGAUAAAUUUAGGGAUUAA